AUGAGUGGAAGACGAGUCCAGUGCUUCCACUCUUUGGUGUGCACUCGCCAGAAUAAUUACAUCAGGACAAAGAGACGACUGUUCAAACGAAGGAUACAGGAUGCGGCCUGUGAAAUCCGGUUACUUAAUCCACAGUCCCAUUUUCACGAGAAAAUCAUACGGAGUUUGACGAGCUCCCCAUCCAACUACGCCCUCAUAACUGAAUACUAUAGAAUGCCCAUUUGCCGGACAACCCUAUUGGUUUCUUUACCAGUUCCGUCCGCCACACUGUUGAUUCCGCUGUCGAUGAAUUGUCCAUAUAUAUCUAAUAUGAACAUGCAACACUCCCAAAUUUAUUCCGAACCCACUCACACUUAUGUUUUCCCAAGAUAUCAUGUACGUUUUCCAAGCUACAUCAAUUGUUACCUGAGGGCAUCAUCAAAGUCCCUAUGGUACGAUGGCAUAUCAACCUACUUUUCUCGCCUUAUCGCCGAUUUGCAUGCGCUGUUUCCUGGGACACCUAUAUACCUACUGUUUGUUCAUCGGAGCAUGGUCACAAACAUAAAAAGCGUCAUCUACGACGAAUUUUAUGACAGUUCCACCUUCGAAUUGCAGCCUCUCUUGGAUAAGCUAAAACCAGAGCUUGAGAGGACAAGAUGGCUCGCUCAAGAUACAGUCAACACAUCUUUCGUUUUCCUGCUAAGAUCCUACGAUCUUUCACAACUAAACGGAACCAUGUAUAGGCGUAAUACACUACUCAUGAGGUUGUUGAAAAUUCUUCGACAGCCCACGACCGGUUUUGCUCUCCUUGGGGCUCAUCAGUCUCAAGUAGAACAUAAGUUCGUUUGGACGCCUUCAGAUAUGAAAAAGCGCAUGUGCAGAGAACUACACAUCCCCAAGGUACCACACGUUCCGGAUAGCAGAUGUGUUGACGCAGCCUACCUAACAAGCUUGGCAGCAUGCGACCACAGGACCUGUGCCCUGCUUGCCGAAAGGGUUCGGGCAAUCCUUAGCUUGACCAGUUGCGCUGUUGCCAAACGCAUUGAGCUGUACACUAAACCCCGCAAAAUUAUGCACGUGGCCAUUCCCAAACCUAUUUGUCCAGAUAAGUCCUAUCCGACCAAAGAUCCACCAUACGAUACCGUCUGGCUUCAACCAAGUAUGGACCACAUAAUCCGGGUUUUACAAGACCUCGCCAGAAUGGAGAAGAUUCCCAGAGCCUAUCUACUUACCGAUGGAACCAGCGCGGUCGACACUGUAUAUCAGUCGCCGGACAUCAGGAUUUGGGCACCGGCAGUGAACUAUCAGGUAGUGCUUCAUCCACAGCGUCGUCGGUUCCUGAGGGAUGCAGUCUGUGAUGUUCCUUUACGUGCUGCGUAUGCCAGUCGACCGACUUCCUCGAAGGACUCUUCACACAACCACAUGAAGGGUGGAAGAGAGCCAGAGGCGGUCAAACAAUGA